UCAAGAAUCAACAAUGGCGGCGAUCAGAGAAGAAAUUCUAGCCAAUUUUCAGGCCUGUACUGGCUUGGACAACUUAGAUGAAUGUAUUAUGCUAUUGGAGCAAAAUGAAUGGGAUUUACAGAGAGCAGUAUCUAAUGUUUUAGAUGUACCACCUAUUGCUAGUACUGCACCACCACCACAACCACAACCACAACCGGAACCAAUACAUAACCCUACCCAGUUGGGCUUCGGGUCUACCCCUUUUGAUGAUUUUGAAGCACAGGAGUAUACGUUUCAACCAAGCCUGAAUAUCCCUCCUACAUCCUCCACAACCAGUGAGCCAGCCCUGGGUGGUACUACAUUUAGGAUGCCAACACAGCCAUUACCAUCAUCAUCAUCUGCUGCGGCAUCAGGUGCAUCAACAUCAAUGUCAAAUUCAAAUUCCUACAGAAAGCGAAUGUUAUGUUUCACUGUAGAAUACAGGGAACGGAAUAUUGAUGUACGUGUACCAGACUCAGAGACUGUAGGAACAAUUAAAAAUAUACUUGCCAGUGAAAUACAUAUACCGGCAGAUAAACAAGUGUUGAAGGGGUUUAGCAGUGCACACACAGUCACUGAUCCUUCAGAUCAGGUUGUUUUGUCCACACUUCAUUUACCAAAAGAAAAUAGACUAUUUUUAUUGACACCAGAGAUUAAUAACCCAGCAUUGACAAGGUCUCAGCAACCUAACGGUGAGAGUCCUGAGUUUCUAGAACGGCUAGGUCAGACAUUCAAAUUAAUGAUUUUGAAUCGAGUCAGUGGAAAAGAGUUAGAGUUAAAUUACAUAGGGUCGCGUUGCAUACAAGAAGUUAAACAAGACAUAUAUGUUCUAACUAGUAUACCAAAUAGACAGCAAGUAUGGACUGGUUGGCCGGGUACAGCAGAUGACGAUACACUUACCAUAGCAGCUACUGGUAUAGGUUAUCCUUGUCAUAAGCUAUCAGUUGAUAGACAGUUCUCACCCACACAGCAAGCACUGCCAGUAAAUUUAGCUGUAGAUGCUGCGAGUGACUCUGAUGAAGACCUCUUUGAAGAUGCUAGUAUGUCUUUUGAUGAUCACAUUUUUGUUGACGAUGAGCCUAGUCGGAAAUUUGAACCUCUUUUACCUACCCAAGUUGACGACAUAACAGAUGCAUUGGUCCAUUUUUCUAGAGAAUUUACUAAUAGGUACAGUGAAACCCAUCCAAUGUUCUAUUUAGGACCUAUAGAAGGUGCUUUUCGAGAAGCGUUUAGUGGAUCAGCUAAGGAUCGGAAGCUUUUAGCUGUAUACAUCCAUCAUGAGAAAAGUGUUCAGAGCAAUGUUUUUUGUAGUCAAGUCAUGUGUGCAGAGACAGUUGUAUCAUAUCUUAGUCAAAAUUUUGUAACGUGGGCAUGGGACAUUACAGGUGAUGAAAACAAAGCUAAAUUAUUAAACUGGUGUACCAAUCAUUUUGGUAGUGUAGCUGCCACAACGGUGAGAGAAUUUAGAACAGAUCAAUUUCCAUUAUUGUUAGUUAUCAUGAAGAUCAGGUCUAACACUGAGGUGUUUAGUGUCUUACAAGGCAAUGUGACGUUAGAUGGACUCAUGACAAGUCUCAUCAGUGCUGUGGAUGUAUUUUCUGAACAUCAACAAUCUGAAAUCAGGGAAGAGGCUGAACGAGAAGCUAGAGAAACUAUGAAAAAGGAACAAGAUGAGGCAUACCAAGAAUCAUUACUAGCUGAUAGAGCUAAGGAGGAGGCAAGGAAAGCUGUGGAAGAACAAAAACUAAGAACAGAGAGAGAAAAGUCAGAAUUGGAAGCAGAAAAAGAGGCAAUAAGGAUGUCGUUGGAGGACUCGCUACCAGAUGAACCUGCAGAAGACUGUACAGAGCCUAUCAUCACUAUUCGUGUUAAACUACCCAAUGGCCAGAAUGUUACAAGAAGGUUUCUGGCACAAAAUCCAUUGCAAAUUUUACUAAAUUAUGUAGCGUCUGUUGGCUAUCAUAUGGACGAAUACAAAGUACUCACUAAUUGGCCAAGGCGAGAUUUAUCACAGACCAAUCCUCUAAGCACUUUAGAAGAGCUACGUUUAUGUUCUCAAGAUACAGUGUUUGUUGAAGAAUAUUAAAUAUAUAGCUGGUCUGAAUUUAUUGGUAUCGGUGGCAGCAGAUUGAAUCUCUUUGUGCUGACACCGACUGGAUCAUCUUGCAUGACACCAUAUUGGUGGCAGCAAGGUGGGAUCACCUCACAUUGACAACAGAUUGGCUUGCUACUCAUGUUAUGUUCUUAGCAGCUGGUCAGGUUUGUGCUUUACCCCAUCGGUGGCAGCAGUGGGAUUGUUAUUUAUAUGCUGACACCAUUAUUGGGGACUGCUGGUAGGAUCAGACAAAACAUUGGUACCAUAUUGGUGGCAACAUAGCACACAGUUAACAUCCUAAGAAUGAAGAUGAAGCGAUUCCUCUCAUGUUUUGCCAGAUGAUGGGAUUACAAUCCAUACAGUGACAUUACCUUUGGCUGUAGUACA